AUGAGGUUGAACGAUGUUCAGAAAAUCGAUUGGCAACUCCUGGAUGAUAAGAUCAGGAAAUGGAUAUGCGCCGCCAAAAUCAGCAUCCGAACACUGUUUGCCAGAGAGAAGAAGUUGUGCGCCUAUGUGUUUGAGGGUUUUGAUGAUAAGACGAGAGAUUAUUGUUUUGCCGAAAUCGUCAAGGAGCCCACAGACAGGCUUCUCGCCUUCGCAGAGGCCGUGGCCGCCACAAGCCGGACGCCCGAAAGAAUGUUCAGGGUGCUCGACCUCUACGAAGUGCUCACGGAUCUUAUGCCCGACAUAGAAGACAUAUAUUCUCAAGAGUCAUGCCGAAGCGUGCACGAGCAAGCCAACAAGAUCCAGGUGCAACUAAGCGAGGCGAGCCGAGGGAUUUUGAUGGAAUUUGAGAAGGCCGUUAAGAAGGAGAAAUCUAAGGUUCGCAUUCCUGGCGGCACUGUUCACCCUCUUACCAGAUACGUUAUGAAUUAUCUCUCUUUUCUCUCCGAUUACAAUGAGAGUCUGGUAAACAUUAUCACAGACGUUCCAGGAAAGCUAGCGAAAGCCCUACCCGACAGUGAGCUGAACGAUCCCUCUGCCCCGCUGUCUGUCCACAUCGGAUGGACCAUCUUCAUCCUGCUGUGCAAGCUCUACAAAAAAUGUGAUCUGUAUAAAGACGUGUCUUUGUCGUAUCUCUUUCUCAUGAACAACCUUCACUACGUAGUGCAGAAAGUGAAUGGCUCCCAGCUCAAAUAUAUUCUGGGGAUGAAGUGGGUGAGGAAAGAGUGGAAUAAAGUUGGGCAGUACGCGGUGAAAUACGAGAGGUCAGCAUUGGUAAAAUUGCUGUCGUGUCUAACAAACGAGAAAGUUCCUGCUAAUGGCGGAGCUUUGAAAGAGAGAUUACAGGAGUUCAAUUCAGCAACGGAAGAGGUGAAGACGAGGCAUGGUGGAUGGGUGGUUCCUGACGUCAGCCUGCGAGAGAAGUUAAGGGUUUCGAUUACUGAGAAGUUGAUACCGCCCUACGCUUCCUUAGUUGCCAGAUUGAGGAGCCAGUUUGAAAGCAAUUCGUACAUAAAAUACACCCCGGAGGAGUACAACAAAUCGACCGGUGAUAACGUGCUUGCAGUUUUCUCUGUUAAAAAAUUAGUAUCACGUGCAAAUGUAAGCUUGCCAUUUACGCAGAACCACGUGUAA